GGCAUUCAGAGCUUGGCUGACGGUGCAGGCAGGAGCGUCUCAGAGGCAGACAGGAGACUGAAGGGGCAGCAGACCGGGACUGAAGAGGAACGCAGACCGAAAGACUUGACUGACAGGCAGGCAGACAGGUAGGCAGCAGGAGAGAAGACAUACAGAAAAGGUACAGACUCUUGAACAAAUCAUUUUCACAGACAGACUGAACAAAGCCAGGGGAAAGCCAGAUAUACAGAUUUAGAUAGUGGAAAAGACAGGCAGACAGACACCUUGCAAGCUCAGCCUCAACAUUUUUUCCAGACAGGACCAGAGUUUUCUCCAAGCAGGGAGAGGAAAAAGAGGGAAAGGGGAAGAGAAGCAGAUCCACAGACCCACAGAUGGACAGAGACACAUUUGGAUGAAAGAGGAAGAUUCCCCCAUCUUUGUCCAGCAAUGCUUUUCAGGAACUCUGCACUGGAUUGCUGCUUUCUGCUAUGUUCCUGGACACUGACAGAAGCAUAGGACAUUUUUAUCAUUGCUUUCAUUUCUCUUGAGUGUAUUUUGAAGGUUUCCUGAGCCUUUCCACGAACUCUCCCCUAGCAGCAGUGUUGCACAUCAGAAUGUCCUCUCAAAGGUACCCAAUGACCCCAUCAUGGACUUCUUGGCUCUUGCUCUUGUGCUUCCUGGACUUAUGGAGCACAGCCUGGCCGGCUGUCCAGAAAUCCCAAUCCCAACCCCAGCUCCAAUCCUUCCGCCCCAGAAAAAUGUCACCCCUCACUUCCUCAGCUUCGCCCGGCAACCUGUCAGAGAGCGCCGAGAGCAAGGUGGAGCGGCUGGGCCAGGUGUUCAAGCAGAACGUCCGCAAGCUGCGUGAGAAGAGCUUCUGCCUGGACCUGGUCUUCCUGGUGGACGAGUCGUCCAGCGUCGGCGCCAACAACUUCCUGAGCGAACUGAGGUUUGUUCGCAAGAUGCUGUCUGACUUCCCCGUGGCGCCGGAGGACACGCGGGUGGCGCUGGUCACCUUUUCAUCCAAGACCCACGUGGUGACGCGGGUGGAUCACGUCUCAGCGCCCAAGUCCCACCAGCACAAGUGUUCGCUGUUCAACCAGGAGAUCCCGGCCAUCAACUACCGAGGGGGCGGCACCUACACCAAAGGAGCCUUCCAAAGGGCCGCGCAAAUCCUGCGUCACUCUCGUGCCAACGCCACCAAGGUCAUUUUCCUGAUCACUGAUGGCUACUCCAAUGGCGGGGACCCUCGGCCAGUAGCAGCAGCUCUGAGGGAGCGGGGCGUUGAGAUCUUCACCCUGGGCAUCUGGCAGGGCAACAUCAGGGAGCUCCACGACAUGGCCUCGCACCCUAAGGACCAGCACUGCUACUUGGUGCACAACUUUGCUGAGUUUGAGGCCUUGGCUCGCCGUGCGCUGCAUGAAGACCUCCCUACGGGCAGCUACAUCCAGGAGGAUCUGUCACGCUGCUCGUCCCUUUGUGAAGCAGGCAAGGACUGCUGCGAUGUGAUGGCCAGCUGUAAGUGUGGCACACACACCGGCCAGUACGACUGCAUCUGUGAGAAGGGGCACUAUGGCAAAGGACUGCAGCACGAGUGCACAGCCUGUCCACCCGGCACCUAUAAGCCAGAGGGCACCCCAGGAGGCCUGAGCACCUGCCUGCCAUGUCCUGACACCCAACACACCUCCCAGCCUGGCAGCACCUCCCUCAGCGACUGUGUUUGCAAGCCAGGCUACAAGUCAGUAGGAAUGACCUGCCAGGUUGUUUACUGUCAAGAGCUGUCUCCUCCAGAAAACGGCUUCUUCAUCCAAAAUGUGUGUAACAACCGGUACGAUGCAGCUUGUGGGGUGAGAUGUCAGGCAGGGUUUGACCUCCAGGGAACCGGCAUCAGGCUCUGCCAGGCUGAUGGCACCUGGUCAGGCACACCAGCCAGCUGCAGAGUGCGCUCCUGUCCACCCCUCGGCCGGCCCCGGCACGGCUUUCUGAGGUGUAGCAAUGGUGGCGCCUCCUACAGGGCAGAGUGUGAGGUGGGCUGUGAGCGGGGCUACAGGCUGGAGGGAGACUCCAAACUCGUCUGCCAGGCCAACUCCCAGUGGAGUGGAUCCCAACCUCGGUGUGUGGAGGUGCACUGUCCCCCCAUCGUGACCCAGAAAAACAUCCUGCUGUCGCCCCCUGCCUGUGGGAAAAGGGACAUGUCUGCAGGCACUGUUUGCCUGCUCUCGUGUCGUCAAGGAUACAGUCUCCAGGGAGACAGGAAGGCGAUGUGUCUGACUUCAGGGCACUGGAGCACCAAUGUCUAUAAAACCACCUGCACAGACUCUGAGCCGCCAUGGAUCCAGUGCCCACAGGACGUCGUUGCAGAGACGGAUGAGAGGCGCGGCACUGCCAACAUCAGCUGGAACGCCCCGGCUGCCACAGACAACUCUAGAGAGGAGGUGGUGGUGCAGGUGAAGCCGGUGUACAGUCCCCCCCAGCUGUUACCCAUCGGAAAGGAGACCAUCACCUAUAUCGCUACCGACCGCUCUGGGAACCAAGCCAACUGUUCCUUUACAGUUUCUGUCAUAGAUACGGAGCCCCCUGUGAUUGACAGGUGCAGGUCGCCGCCCACCGUCCAGGCCACAGACAUGGAGACGGCGGUCUUUUGGGAGGUGCCGCAGUUUUCCGACAACUCAGGUGGUCGUCUGACCGUGACUGGUAGCCACAGUCCGGGCUCUCGGUUCCCGGUGGGAGAGACUCUGGUGCAGUACACCGCUACCGACGCUGCAGGAAACAGCCGCAUCUGCAACCUCACCAUCACUGUGCAAGGUACGGCUUGCGACCAGCCGUACGCCCCAGUGAACGGAGAGUUCAUCUGUUCUGAGGAGGAGGAGGGUGUCAACUGUACCCUUCACUGUAAGGAAGGCUACAGUUUUACCCAAGAUGCCGUGCACAGCUACUUCUGUCCCUAUAAUGGUGUAUGGGAACCUCCACACUCUCCGGACAGACCUGACUGCUCAGUGAACCGUAUAGCCAACCAUGGCUUGAAACCCUUUGAGAUGCUUUUUAAAGCAUCGCGCUGUGACGAUUUGGACCUGGUCAAGUCAUUCACCGGGGAGUUCAACACUAAACUGGGAAGCAUGCUGCCCAAUCUCUGCAGCAAUGAUGAUAUAGCCUGCAAGCUAGAAGUGAUGUCACAGGGUCACUGUCUGGAGUACAACUACGACUAUGAGAAUGGAUUUGCUAUCGGACCAGGAGGUUGGGGCAACAGUUGGGGUCCUCAAGGGGGACAGGACUACGCCUAUUUUGACUCGGGCUUUGCCACAGACAGCCGGCGGCCUCCCAGGCAGCAGGAUGGAGGCCUCCUGACGCGUCACCGGUCAAAGAGGCAUCGCAAGUACACAGGGCCAACUAGAGACCAGAAGAUCCAGAUCUUUUUCAACAUCACAGCAAGCAUCCCUCUGCCCCUGUCGAGGAAUGACUCAGUGGAAGUAGCCAAUCAGAAGAGGCUUCUGCGCACCCUGGAGCAGCUGACCAAUCGGCUGAAGCGGACGCUGGCCAAGCAGCCGCUGUCCAGUUUCCAUGUGUCCUCGGAGAUGAUUGUGGCCGAUCCCAAGUCGCUGGAGAGCAAGAGGGCCUCUCUGUACUGCCGGCCAGGCUCAGUGCUCAAAGGCAGGAUGUGUGUUCAGUGUCCUGUGGGGACUUAUUUCUCUCUGGAGUAUAACGAGUGUGAGAGCUGCUGGCUGGGCUCCUAUCAGGACCAGGAGGGCCAGUUGGAGUGUAAGUCCUGCCCUGAGGGAACCUCCACGGCCUACCUCCACUCCCGCAGCAUGGCUGAAUGCAAAGGCCAGUGUAAGCCUGGUAGUCACUCACUGAAUGGGUUGGAGACAUGCGAGUCGUGCCCGCUGGGCCACUUCCAACCGGGAUUCGGUGCCAGAGAGUGUCUGGUCUGUCCCGACGAGACCUCAACUGUCACCAGAGGAGCGGUGGACGACUCAGAGUGUGGAGUCCCUUGUGCGGCAGGUCAUUUCUCCCGCACUGGCCUGGUUCCCUGUUACCCCUGUCCCAGAGAUUACUACCAGCCUGAGCACGGCCGCUCGUACUGCCUGUCCUGCCCUUUCUAUGGAACCACCACGGUUACCGGGGCAACCGCCAUCCAGCACUGCUCCAGUUUUGGCUCCAGUUUUCUGCCCAAGGAGGAGAGUGUCACUUCACCACCAGAGGUGGAGGUCAGUGAGGACUACCAAGCCAGCAGUCAGGUUUUCCAUGAGUGCUUCCUGAACCCUUGUCAGAAUAAGGGGACAUGUGAGGAGGUUGGGGCGGGAUACGUCUGCACCUGCAUGCCCGGCUUCACAGGUGCUAAAUGUGAGAGUGACAUAGACGAGUGUGACUCGGCUCCUUGCCAGAAUGGAGGCCUGUGUAACGACGGGAUGGGAGACUUUGAGUGUCAGUGCAAGCCAGGAUUCGUAGGCUCUCUGUGUGAGGUGGAGGUGAACGAGUGUGUGUCCUCCCCCUGUCUGAAUGAGGGUGUGUGUAUGGACAAGGUCAACAGUUUCACCUGCAGCUGUGCUGACGGCUUCACAGGAUCUCGCUGUGAGCUAGAAAUAAACGAGUGCCUGUCCAACCCGUGUCUGAACGAGGGCAUGUGUGAGGACCUGACAGGUGGAUACUCCUGCACCUGCGCCGUAGGCUUCUCUGGGGAUCGCUGUGAGGUCAACGUCGAUGAAUGCUACAGCGCCCCCUGUCUCAAUGGAGGCUCAUGUCUGGAUGCCAUCAAUAAUUUCAGAUGUCAGUGUGUGGAGGGCUACCGGGGCCGGCUGUGUGAGGUGGACGUGGACGAGUGUGACCCCAACCCGUGUGUGAACGGGGCCAGCUGCCUGGACGGCCUGGGGACCUUCACCUGCCGCUGCCUCCCUGGGUUCAACGGAACCAGGUGUGAGACAGAGAUGUCCUCCGCCUUCAACCUGGACUUCGAGGUGUCAGGUAUCCAUGGUUACGUGAUGAUGGACGGGGUGAUGCCGGCGCUGACAGAGAUCACCUGUACGUUCUGGAUGAGGUCAUCGGACACCACCAAUUACGGCACGCCAGUCUCCUACGCCGUGGAGGGCAGCGACAAUGCUUUCCUUCUCAUCGACUACAACGGCUGGGUGCUGUAUGUGAAUGGAAAGGAGCGGAUCACUGAUUGCCCUGCGGUGAACACGGGCCACUGGUACCACAUCGGCGUGUCCUGGCGGAGCUGGGAUGGUGACUGGAGGAUCUACAUCAACGGGAAGCCCUCAGAUGGAGGCAAAGGCCUGUCAGUCGGCACCACCAUCCCAGGCGGCGGGGCGCUGGUACUGGGUCAGGACCAGGACCAGAGGGGCGAGGGGUUCAACCCUGUUGAGUCCUUUGUCGGAUCCAUCAGCCAACUCAACAUCUGGGACCGGGUUCUUACACCACAGCAGAUCAAGGUCCUGGCCAGCAGCUGUCCGGCCUCCCAUGUGACCCACAGAGGGAACGUCCUGGCCUGGCCAGACUUCCUCAACGGAGUUGUGGGCCGAGUCAAAACAAACCUCAACAGCAUCUUCUGUGCUGACUGCCCCCAGCUGGAGAAUGCAGUCCCUCACCUGCACGUCUCCAGUGUGGAGGUGAGUCCCGGAGCCCAGGUGCAGCUGUCCUGUGAUCCUGGCUUCUACCUGGUGGGGGAGCCGGUGCUGCAGUGCCAAAAUAAAGGAGAGUGGAGCCACCCACUGCCUCGCUGUGAAAGAGUGUCCUGCGGGCCUCCUCGUCCUCUGGAGCACGGCUCGUUCCAGGGUGCAGACUUCCUCGCCGGCAGCUCGGUGGUCUACCAGUGUAACGCUGGCUUCUACCUGCUGGGGGACGCCAAAGUCCACUGUGCCAACAGCGGCAAGUGGGGAGGGAACCCACCGGCCUGCUUGGACGUGGAUGAGUGCGCUCUGGGAUCGGACUGUGAUGAUCAUGCCAGCUGUCAGAACACAGACGGCUCCUACACCUGCACCUGCACCCACCCUUACAGCGGAGAUGGCAAGAACUGCACAGAGCCGGUGAAGUGUGAGAACCCGGGGUCUCUAGACUUCGGCCACAGCGAGGGCAGAAGCUUCCUGGUGGGCAACGAGGUCAUCUUCUCCUGCAACUAUGGCUAUGAGCUGAUUGGCUCGUCUCACAUCCGCUGCCUGGAAACAGGAAACUGGGACAGUCCAUACCCAUACUGCAGAGCCCUCUCCUGUCCAAAGCCAUCAGUGCCAGAGAACUCCAUCAUGACAGGAACCAACUUCACAUAUGGAAGCAAGGUGACUUUCAGGUGUAUGCCGGGCUUCCUGCCUCAAGUCCCCUAUGAGUACCAGUGUCUACCUAGUCUGAGGUGGAGUGGGACGCCACCUGUCUGUCAUCCGGUGACCUGUGGAGAGCCUCCGCUUGUCGAGCACGCCCACUACACAUUCAAAACAAACACAUACCUGUCCACUGUCACAUACACCUGCGCUGAGGGAUACAGACCACAGGGCUCCAUGGAGGUGGUUUGUGAAGCGACACAGGAGUGGAGUAGGCCCUCCCCCCGCUGCACAAGGGUCCUGUGCAGUGACCCCCCUGCCCUAAAAGAUGCUGUGACCAUAGGAGAUAACCAUGCACUGGGAGAUAAGGUGCACUAUGUCUGCAAAGAAGGCUAUACUCUGAUUGGUCCAGAGACCAGAGAAUGUCUGCCAAGCGGCCAAUGGAGUGACAGCACUGCCCAGUGCGUCCCCCGCUCCUGUGGCCCUCCGCCUGCUAUUGACCAUGCUGAGCCCUACGAGAGCCACCAGCUGUAUGGAGACACUGCUAACUACUACUGCACUGACGGCUACACCGCCAGCAACAACUCUAAGAUGGUGUGUAAUGCUCAGGGUGUGUGGGCACCCCCUGACGGCAUGGAGCCUCCACGCUGUAUCGCGAACUUUUGCCAACGUCCACCUGACCUACCCCAUGCUAUUUUAGACUCAGUCAACAAACCAAAAUAUGCCAGCAACACUGAUGUGAGCUACAAAUGUGAGGAGGGCUUCAUGCUCAACACUACAGCAACACUGAGAUGCAUGAUGGGAGGAGAGUGGGAGCCUUCACCCUAUGAUGUUGGCUGUGUCCCAGUGAGGUGCUCCAAGCCUGAGGGCAUUGAGCGAGGCUAUGUGAGUGGGACAAACUAUAGUUUUGGAGCUGUGGUGGCGUACAGCUGUGAUAAAGGUUUCCUGAUCCGAGGGGAGAAGAGGAGGACUUGUAAGGCAAAUGGAGAGUGGGGGGGGGUUUUGCCUACCUGCAUACCUGUGUCCUGCUCCAGCCCUCCGCCACUCGUGAAUGGAUUCAUCCAGAGCAAAGGACGGUAUAUCUUCAACAGCAAAGUGACAUACGCUUGCAAAGCAGGCUACCGGCUGGUUGGUCGUUCAGAACGAGUUUGCCAGCCCAACCGCCAGUGGUCCAAUAAUGACCCUCCUGUCUGCGUCCUUUUGACCUGUGACGCUCCCCCUGACAUUGUCCAUGGACACUACAGGGGUUCGGUGUUUGAGGUGGGCCAAAAAGUGGAGUAUGUCUGUGAUGAGGGUUACGAACUGGCGGGGGAUGCUGUCUGGACCUGUCUGAAGAAUGGGAAGUGGGAUAAGACGAGGUAUCCACGCUGCUCACCUGUUCAGUGCCCAGAACCACCACUGGAGGAGAAUCAUCUGGUUUUGAAGGGCCUGGACGCCGAAUCUGGGACGGUGGAGUUGUCCUGUGAGGACGGCUAUGUCCUCCAUGGGGCACAGGUCCUCCGCUGCACCAUGUCCCAGGAAUGGAAUGACACCUUCCCUGUGUGCAAGCAGGUUUUCUGUGGCCCACCCCCUGAAGUGUCAUUUGGGGGUCCUGUCUCACCCUCAAACUCAGCUCCAUUUUCUUUUGGCUCAGUGGUGUCCUACUCAUGCAUGAAUGGGUUCACAUUAAGGAGAGAGGUUUCUGUUUUCUGUCUAGGGAGUGGACAAUGGAGCAGUCCUUACCCAGAGUGCAUCCCGGUAGAAUGCCCUCAACCAGCAGAGAUUUCUAAUGGUAUUGUCGACGUCCAGGGUCUGAUGUACCUCAGUACAGCGUUGUACAGCUGUAAACCCGGAUAUAAUUUAGUAGGGAACUCCACUGUCCUCUGUGGAGAGAGUGGACUCUGGAUUGGAGGGGUGCCUUCUUGCCGCCCAAUAGAAUGUUCCAUUCCUAAACCAGUAGACAAUGGAAAAGUGACAUAUACAAAACUCCAGUUUGGUCACGGUGCCACCUUCUCCUGUCGCCGUGGUUACCGUCUACAAGGCCCAGAGACCCUGAAGUGCCUAGCCAAUGGGGAGUGGGACAUGGAGCCACCUGUUUGCACACAGAUAUCCUGCACACCUCCUAGACCCAUUGAGAAUGGUUUUGUUGAGGGGUUGGACCAUAGUUUUGGUGUCACCAUUUUCUACAGCUGUUUCCCCGGCUUCCAACUAGUGGGUCAGAACCAUUUGACCUGUGAAGAGUUUGGCUGGUCCAGUUCUAUUCCAGUAUGUGUUCCCUCAGACUGUGGCCUGCCUCCUCAUAUUGACUUUGGGGAAUAUUUCAGGGUGAUGGAACAUGCAGUCUCUCAGUCAGGGAGGGGCUCUGGUGAUAUUUCUAAAGACACACGGGACACUACGUUAGCCUCACCAAUGGACUUGAGCUUCCUUCAGGGUACUAUGAUUGCAUAUCGUUGUCACAAAGGUUAUGAUCUUACAAACCCUACCACACUGGUGUGUCAGGAAGAUGGGAGCUGGAAUGGGACGGCCCCAUCAUGUGUCCCAGCAGAAUGUGAAACACCUCCUAGUCCUGAGCAUGGCUGGGUGAAUGUGACUGAUACCUCCCUCGGCAGUCUGGUCAAAUAUGCAUGUGAAGAGGGAUAUGAGCUGAGGGGCAAGCCUGUCCGGCAAUGUGUGUCAGGCCGACUAUGGACUGAUGAUGCUCCGAUUUGUCAGCCUGUUUCAUGUGGUGACCCGGGGGUAUUUGCUAACGGCACAGUUCAUGGAGGUGCUUUUGUUUACCCUGAGGUUUUACGUUAUGAAUGCAGUUCAGGAUUCGUUCUUAAGGGCAGCCAUACUAUCACCUGCCAGAUAGAUGGGAAAUGGGAUGGAGAAAAGCCAUGGUGUGAGCCCAUAUUCUGUGGUCCUCCAAAAGUCCCUACUGAUAUUAUUGUGAAAGGGGGGGAGUACACUUUUAAUAAUGAGAUAGAACUGAGCUGCCUGCCUGGUUUCCUCUUAAAAGGGAAAUCUGUGAGUAUAUGUCAGGCUGAUGGCACCUGGAGCCAUAAUUCCCCUAUUUGUGUACCUGCUGAUUGCGGUAAACCCUCAAAAAUUCCCAAUGGUCGUGUCCUGGGGUCAGACUUUGGCUUCAAUGGCCAGGUUCGGUAUGAGUGUGAUGAGGGGUACACCCUCAAUGGAGACCCUACUCGUGUUUGUCAAGCAGAUGGACUGUGGGACAAACCAGCACCUCACUGUGACAUCAUUAGUUGCGACCCACCUGAGGACAUCAGUCAUGGAUUUCUGAACGGCUCCAGCUUCAACUAUGACGACGUGGUGGAGUAUGUUUGUUUUGACGGCUAUGAGGUGAUCGGGGAUCCCGUGCUGCGAUGCUCAGCCCAGGGACUCUGGGAGGGCACCGUGCCCCAGUGCCGACCCUGUGUCUGUGCCCCACCUGUGGUAAAAUUUGGGGUCGUCCUUGGCCGUAACCAUGUCUGUGGCAACCGAGUGCACUUCCAGUGUGACGAAGGCCACAAGCUCCUGGGUCCCUCUCAAGCCACGUGUGAGAAGGGAGGGAUGUGGAGCCCCGGGGUACCUGUGUGUGGCCGGGGAAGGUGCGCUGUUGCCCCGCCUACAGUUCCUAAUGCUGUGUUGCAGGGCGGCAAUGCCACUUUCUUAGACACGGUCAUAUACAAGUGCCGACCGGGGUUCCAGGCAAAGGGGUACCCCUUCCUCUCCUGUGGGCGAGAUGGCCGGUGGGGGGAACCCAGGAUCAGCUGUGAGCCUGUCAGCUGUGGAAAACCUCCAUCUGUCACCUAUGCUCAGGUGGUGGGAGACAGCUUUACCUUCCCCAGUCAGAUUACGUACAGGUGUGAAGAUGGAUAUGAACUAGCCACACAGACGGCCUCACUGUCCUGCCAGAGUGACGGUACCUGGUCCAAACACAGCGUGCGGUGCAAACCCACCCCAUGCCUGCUGCCCACCGAGCUCUCCAUCCCCCAUCUGGUGGUCACUGGGGAGGAGCUCACUCCUGUAGGGGGCGCAGUCACUCUAUCCUGCCAUCCUGGCUUCUACCUGCAGGGGUCAAUGUACACUGAAUGUCAGCUGGGGAGAAGCUGGUCACCCAGCAUCUUGUCAGUUUCAUGUGAGCUGGUGGUGUGUGAGAAACCCCCUCCUCUCCUCCAUGGCAUCAGCGAGGGAGACAGCUACAACUACGGGGACAUCGUCACGUACUCCUGCCUGCCUGGCUUUGACAUGAAGGGAGACUCUGUCCAGACUUGCCAAGGUGACAAAACAUGGAGUGGGACCCAGCCAGAGUGUGUUGCACAGUCCUGUGGGCCUCCUCCCUCAGUAACAAAUGCACUGGUCCAGACAACAGGAGAGACCUACCUAAGCAACGCCAGCUAUGUGUGUAACCCUGGCCUGCAGCUGCUUGGCCCAAAGACCCUCACCUGUCUGGCCAACGGCACAUGGAGCCUGCCAGCACCUUCAUGUGAAGCGGCACAGGGCUGCGACAUCCCGAAGCACAUACCACAUGGCAGGGUGCUGGAGCACAACCUGAACACCGCACGCGCCAUCGAGUUCCAGUGCGAUAAAGGCUACAGCCUGGAGGGGGAGCCUCUGGUCGUGUGUAUCGGUGGCAACACCUGGAGCUCCGAUUUCCCCAUCUGCCAACCAAAGGCUUGCCCAGCUCCCCCAGGCUGGAAGGAGGCCAGCAGGCUGAACGGCUCCCAGCAGGCGUUUCAUGUGGGCCAGUCGGUCCGUGUCAACUGUCCCAAGGGCCAGCAGUCCAAAGGCAGCGGCACCAUCACAUGCAUGCCGGACCAGACCUGGAGCCCCAUCAGCUCUGUGUGUGAGCGGGUGUCCUGUGGCCCUCCUCUCCACGUGGCCAACGGGGUGGUGCGGGGGGCGGUCUUCCAGUUCGGGGACGUGGCAGUGUACUCGUGUUUUGGCGGCUACGCCAUGGAAGGCGUUGGAAGGAGCAGGUGUCUCGAGAACGGCACCUGGACGCCGCCUCCCACAUGCAGAGCGGUGUGUUGGCUGCAUUGUCAGAAUGGCGGUGUGUGUCAACGGCCGAACACUUGCUCCUGCCCAGAGGGCUGGAUGGGCCGACUUUGUGAAGAGCCAAUCUGCAUCCUGCCUUGCCUCAACGGAGGGCGCUGCGUGGCACCCUACCAGUGCGAGUGUCCCACCGGGUGGACGGGUACACGCUGUCACAGCGCUGUGUGCUCAUCACCAUGUCUGAACGGAGGCAGGUGCAUCAGACCGAACAAGUGUCACUGCAGCCCGGGGUGGAGCGGAUAUGACUGCUCUAGGAAAAGGAAAUCGGGGUACUAUCAUUUCUAAAGAUGCCACUCAGCUCCAUGUCAACCGUCUGAUGAAGGGAACUUUUGUAUAGUUACUGACACCAUUGUACACCAUUCAUUCUCAUCUCUGCAAGAAGCAAAGCAAAGAACCAUUUUGUAAAAUAAAGCUGUAUUUUUUCAUAUAGAAAAUCAACAGUAUUAAACAUAUGCUGCUAUAUACUUGUACGAUGUGUAAAAACUAUUGUGAUUGUCCAAUGUAUAUGUGUAAACUAUUCUCACAUUUUUAUUAAAGCAUAAAAUACUAUUAA